GUGCGCGCGGAGGCCCCGCCCCCAGAAGCCCCGCCCCAGUGCGCCGGGCGGCGCAGGCGCAGUGUCCCCGCGCCAAGAUGGCGGCACGGUGUUCCACACGCUGGUUGCUGGUGGCCGUGGGGACCCGCCGGCUGCCGGCUACAGCGGGGAGAGGGGCCCGGUCACCUCGGGAGGGCGUGGUGGGGGCGACACUGGUUCGCAAGCUGAACGUCGCUGCCUUCGCGCCUUCCCUGGGUGCUCGCGGCCCCCCGGCGCUGCUGACAUUGAGGCCCGGUGUCAGCCUCACAGGAACUAAAAGCUACCCUUUUGUUUGUACUGCCUCCUUCCACACGAGCGCCUUUGUGGCCAAAGAAGAUUAUUACCAGAUAUUAGGUGUGCCCCGAAAUGCCAGCCAGAAAGAAAUCAAGAAAGCCUAUUAUCAGCUUGCUAAGAAAUACCACCCUGAUACAAAUAAGGAUGAUCCCAAAGCCAAGGAAAAAUUCUCUCAGCUGGCAGAGGCCUAUGAGGUUCUGAGUGAUGAGGUGAAGAGGAAACAGUAUGAUGCCUACGGUUCUGCUGGCUUUGAUCCUGGGGCCAGCAGCUCUGGACAGAGCUAUUGGAGGGGGGGGCCCUCUGUUGACCCAGAGGAGCUGUUCAGGAAGAUCUUUGGGGAGUUUUCAUCAUCUUCCUUUGGAGAUUUCCAGAGUGUGUUUGAUCAACCGCAAGAAUACAUCAUGGAAUUGACAUUCAACCAGGCUGCCAAGGGUGUCAACAAGGAGUUCACCGUGAACAUCAUGGACACCUGUGAGCGCUGUGAUGGCAAGGGCAAUGAGCCUGGCACCAAGGUGCAGCACUGCCACUACUGUGGUGGCUCAGGCAUGGAAACCAUCAAUACUGGCCCUUUUGUGAUGCGUUCCACAUGUAGGAGAUGUGGUGGCCGAGGCUCUAUUAUCACAAAUCCUUGUGUGAUCUGUAGAGGAACAGGACAAGCCAAGCAGAAGAAGCGAGUGGUGAUCCCUGUGCCUGCAGGAGUUGAGGAUGGCCAGACUGUGCGGAUGCCCGUGGGAAAACGAGAGAUUUUUGUCACAUUCAGGGUACAGAAAAGCCCUAUAUUCCAGAGGGACGGCGCAGAUAUCCACUCCGACCUUUUUAUUUCAAUAGCUCAGGCUAUUCUUGGGGGGACAGCAAGAGCCCAGGGUCUGUACGAGACCAUCAAUGUGACGAUUCCCCCUGGAAUUCAGACAGACCAGAAGAUUCGAUUGACUGGGAAAGGCAUACCCCGGAUAAACAGCUAUGGUUAUGGUGAUCAUUACAUUCACGUGAAGAUCAGAGUUCCAAAGAGGCUCACCAGCCGGCAGCAGAGCCUGAUUCUGAGCUACGCUGAGGACGAGACAGAUGUGGAGGGGACAGUGAAUGGCGUGACCCACACAAGCACCGGUGGCAGGACCAUGGAUAGCUCCGAAGGAAACAAUGCUAGGCGUGAGGCUGGGGAGGACAAAGAGGGAUUCCUUUCCAAACUUAAGAAAAUUUUUAUCUCCUGAUACCCAUCCCAGCUGAGGAAAACGGUCCACUGGAAACUAGGCUGGAAGCAGUAGCCUCUCUCAUGGCCAGGACCUCGGAGAUAGGAGGAUCCCAGAGCAACAGCACUGAGCCUUUGCCUGCAGAGCCCUCCAGACCGCCCGGCAACAGCACAACCAUGUGACAACACCUCUGCAUAGAAAGGUCACAGUAGGCAGCCAUGGGCAGUGACAUGUAGCACCCGAGGGCUGGUAGAAGUUUUCUGUCCACCAGUAGAAGAUUCUCCACUUCUGGCUUAGGCAGGGUAAGACACUUGGACUCUUCUUGCAGUAGUAAAACUCUAAUUUGGAAUCAAAUAUGGUGAUCUUAGUUAAAAAAAAAAAAAUUAAAGGCCAUGCUUACUGCUUAAAAAUGAAGCCUUAAGCUGCAUCAAGUUGUGAUGUGAUUAAUUUUCCUCUCAGCAAGUUCCUAGAGGUUCUGGAAAAAGUCCUUCCUGACAGGUUGUCUUCAGGAACAGAGGACUGCACACCCUACCAGGUCAGCUCUCUCCCAGUAGGCUCUGCCAACGCAUGUUUCUCCUCUUGGAGUGUGUUCUUAGUCCACAAGGUUCCAUGCAGCUGGAAAGCGGGUACUGGGGCCAGGCAAAGGACAGUUCUUCCUCCUGCCCACCUCACAUGGCCACCUGCCUCAGCUGCUGCUGGUGUGGUAGGACUUGACUACACUGUAGCCCCAUAGGGCAGACUUCAGAUGCUAUGGGUUCUUGGAGCUGUGCUGGGAGGGUUUCGUUCUCCCCACUUAUACUGUGUGUUUAAAUUACUCAAUGCUAUGCUAUGAAUCAUUGUCUUUUUCCUAUGUGAAGGUCUGCUCAAGAGAGCAGAGUGCAGUGUGAGCCAGUGAAGGCUCCCACCGUGCAGCUAGAGUACACAAUCCAUCCUCAGCCUGGUAGCAGUAGCUUCAUACUGGUAACAUGUCAUUGUCCAUGUGUUUCAAGGUUUUGAGCACUAGCAUAAGAGAGGAUAAUGAAGAACACUUUCUCAGUAGCCUCCUUUGUAUUUUCGUUUAUAAUUUACAAAAGUAAAGCACUAUUAGCGUCUGACUCAAGAAUGUAAAAUGAUUCUGUAUCAAUGUAAAUAAGAUUAUUUACUGCAAAAGAUAUUUAAAACCUA